AUGAAUCUAUCCGAGACUACCAGCGUCAACACCAUCAUCGUGCCGGCGUUGGCAUGCACCGAUGCCGACGACCCAUCCAGUCCCGAGGGUACAUUGAAGUACGAGAUGUUUUCGGGAAAGGCCGCGAGAUUUGACGUCGACGCGAACACCGGGGCCGUCAAGUUAAAGAGGAAAUUCAAUGCGGACUUCCAGAAAUACUACUUUGUGGAGGUGAAGGUAUACGACCAGGGGCUACCCAGCCAGACCGCCACAGUCGGGAUAAGUUUCUACCUGUUCUCCGUCAACGACAACGCCCCCAAAAUAACGAACCUACCCCCAAGCGUCACCGUGGACGAGAUGUCUGCCCCUGGCACUCUAGUAGCGACCUGUACAUUGUCCGAUAAGGACUCGAAGGCAGGGGGCUUGGCAGGGGAGGUUCGGAUCGAGAAGACAGAUGGUGACCCGUAUGACAAGUUCUGGAUAGACCCACAGACGUGUAACAUAUACCUUCACAAAUACCUGGAGUAUGAGAAAAGAAACUCCUUCGAUUUGACUUUCAAGGCCACUGACCUUGACCCUGACAUCCCGAAGACGGCCACGGGCCAGAUGACGGUGAAGGUGGUGGAUUCUAACAAUUUCAAACCGACGUGCACGGAUUAUCUGAAGCUUGUCUACAUUGCGGAGUCUACGACGACAGGGUCAACCAUUACAACGCUUACUUGCAGCGACAUCGACAGCGGGAGUCUGAAUACGCUAACCUACACCGCUGUUGGGGGUGACACGAGCAUUCUUGGUGUCGACGGAACGUCAGGGGAGGUAACUCUAAACAGCCCCGUCGACUUCGAAUCAGGACAGGUGGAGUAUUCGCUCAUAGUUGAUGUCAAGGACACCGGACUUGUCCAGUACACAGCUAGUGUGGAGGUCAAGGUCACCGUCACCGACGUCGAUGAUCAUGAUCCCACGUGGACCUCGACGAGCGUGUUUACAACAAGUAUCUUGGAGACGACGUCCAUAGGGACAGUGGUUCUCACUCCCCAGGCCGAAGAUCUGGACGCCAAUCUAACUGAACCCAACACUAUCAUGUACGGGUUCGAAUCUCCACCACUUCAUCCAUGGUUUACCAUCAACUCUAGAACAGGUGCCAUCGUCGUGACGGCUGUUCUUGACCGAGAGACGUUGUCCGUGGUGGAGUUUGACAUCAACGCUUACAGCAGCAACAACGUCGACAAGAAUAUCACGGCCCAUGUAACUAUCACUCUCACCGACGUGAACGACGAAAAACCAAGGUUCACCAUGCCUGUAUACGCUGUGACAUUACCGGAAAACACCACGCCGGGGUCGACGGCAACGACGGUGACUGCAAACGACUCCGACGACGGAGCGGGGGGACAAGUCGAAUACUCAAUAGAUGGAACGUUCUUCAGCAUUGACACAAACUCUGGUGUUGUCACCACCACGGAGAUUGUCGACCUUGCCAGCGGAAUUGUCCAUGCUGCACGAGUAACUGCAGUGGACAAAGGAGUUCCCAGCCUGACGUCAGAAUGCAUGGUUUUAUUGACUGUCACCCCGGUAAAUGACUACACUCCGACAUUUGCUGCAGUGGCCACCCAGAACAUUGCUGAAGACACCUUGCCAGGAACAACGGUGCUGCAGAUCGAAGCUACCGAUGCCGACGUUGGUGUUGAUGGUGACGUUGCCUACACACUACAGGACCCUGCUGUUCCGUUUCUCAUAGACUCUACAUCAGGCCAGAUAAUUACACGACUCAACCUGGAUAGAGAAACAAACACAACUUGGGACGUCGUUGUCAUCGCCACAGACAAUGCACUAACGUCUCCAAAGUCUUCAUCCGUCACGGUUCAGUUUGACAUCACAGACGUCAAUGACAACGUCGCCAUCUGUGAAACCGUUCCAACAAUUAUUGUGCCCAAACCAUACUCCACCGGCACGACGCUUACAGCGUUGAUAUGCAUGGAUGAUGACAGCGAUAUAAACGCUGACCUGAAUUAUACCAUCACGGCCGGGGAUUCCGUGGUGUUUAAUGUAGAUUCAACAGGGGCUCUCAAACUGUCCGCAACACCCACGUUACCCUCCUAUACUCUCAUGAUCACAGUCACCGACGAAGGGGCAACGCCUCUGAGUACCCAAGUCCCAGUCAUGGUGUUCGUGGAGGUUGACUUGUCGUUUACAAACCUUCCUGCCAGCGUCAAUAGAUCUGAAGAUGUUUCGAUUGGAGACCCAGUGAUAAAGGUCCAAGCGUGUUGCUCUUUCAGUACUCUGGUGUAUGAGAUUAUAUCUGGAAAUGUCGGUGAUAGGUUUGGCAUCGAUGAACAUUCAGGACAGAUCUAUGUCUUGGCAGGCCUUGACAGAGAAGAUGUUGGCAAUUACAGCAUUGGUGUUAGGGUUAGAACCACUGAUUCCAGCCAAUCCACAGACAGCUUGCUUGACAUCAUUCUUCAUGACGUCAACGAUAAUGAUCCUGCUUUUGGAGCACCAUUUACCAAAUUACAUGUUGUUGAGUCCACCAAUGUAAAUACAGGCAUUGAGAUAAUAUCAGCAACCGAUGCUGAUUUUGGUGUCAAUGCUGAUCUGACUUAUGUCAUAGUGUCUGGUAAUGUUGGCAAUACAUUCAGCAUCAAUUCAUCUGGAAUGCUGAUUCUGGACAAGCCUCUAGAUGCAGAGACACUCACUGCUUAUACAUUGACCAUAUCUGCAACCGAUGGUGGCACCCUCUCCAGAUCAGGGGAGACAACUGUUUUGGUGGAGGUGACUGAUGUCGACGAACAUCCCACAGAGAUCAUAGGAUCGAUUGGUGGAGUCAUCAGCACCACCGUUUAUGAAAAUGCUACAUUAGGAGCCCAAGUGUAUCAAAUAGUCGCCCGAGACCUGGAUAUAUCCAAUCAACUUACCUACGUGUUUACGAGUGGCAAUGAUGGAACGUUUCUAAUCAAUGAUGGAUUUAUAACCCUGCUUAAGCUCUUGGACAGGGAGACAACGGAUCUUUAUGUUCUCAAUGUUGAAGUGUCGAACGAAAUAAACGAUACAGUGGCGGCGGAAUUGAGGAUUGGGGUCAACGAUGUCAAUGACAACGACCCAACAUUUAAUGAGACUUUAUACACAUUUGACUUACAGGAUGGCGCAACUGUUGGUGUUUCAGUUGGGACUGUUAGUGUUUCUGAUAUAGACAUUGGAAAUAAUGCCCAGAUUGAUCUCAGCAUCACGGGAGGAAAUAAUAGAGACAUAUUUGAGCUCGACGGAAAUGCUAUUAAAACUAAAGGAGCUGUGGACUACACAAUACAGAAGCAGUACACUCUGGCUGUACAGGCAUCUGAUAACGGCCCUUCAGUGAGAUCAACCAUGACAACUGUCAUCAUCAGCAUCAUCCCAAAUUUAGCAGUUCCAGAAUUUGGACCAAAUUCAUUAUCAAUAACUUUAGAUGAAAAUACCGUUGACAUAUCACCCGUAACAGACCUUAAUGCCACAGUAAACGGGGCUAUGGAAGAUGACUUAGUUUAUACAAUCCUAAACGGAAACACGGAUAGCGCUUUCCUUAUACAUGAAUCAACUGGGGAAGUCUUUAUUGCUGGACAAUUAGACUUUGAGGUCACGCAGCAAUAUAAUCUUAUCAUUCAGGCUGCAAGGAAGGAUAACUUAGCAUCUACCGAUACGAUAACUCUGGACAUCACCAUUACGAAUCUUAAUGACAACCCACCAAUAUUCAGUAUGCCAGUGUUCGAGAUGACUACACCAGAAGGAGCUGCUUCUGGGACUACUGUGGGACAAGUAUUGGUAUCAGAUGGUGAUGAGGGGACCCUGGGACAGGUUACCAUGGUCAUGACACCAUCGAGUGGAUCGACUGACUUUACGUUUGAUCCUGCCUUGGGUUACCUGGCAGUUGCCAUGGAGACUGAGUACAGUAGACAGGCUGUGUACUAUCUGCCUAUUAUAGCCACUGAUGGGGGUAGUCCAGCACGGUCAACCACUACUGUAGUCGUGAUAAAAGUUAAUGAUACCAACAACCACGCUCCAGAAUUCUCUGAGACGGUUUACUCGUUUGCUGUUAUUGAAACCACGCCUGUUAAUGAUGACAUAUACACGAUCAGGGCUACAGAUGCUGAUGCUGGACUCAAUGCUAAAAUAACCUACCAAAUAACCUCUGGCAAUGGUGCAGGAGCAUUUGUGAUAGACACUGAAACUGGAGUCCUGGCUGUUGCUAAUCCACUUGACAGAGAAACUGAUGAUAAUUAUGUUCUUACUAUAGAAGCUGCGGAUGGAGGAACACCAUCGAGUACAGGGUCCUGCUCCUUGAACAUUACUGUCGUUGAUGCUAAUGAUAAUGCACCGCUGUUUUCAGCUUCAUCCAUAGAUAAAAUCGUAAACAGGAUCACUGAUGUUGGCUCAGUUGUGUCCUCAGAGACAGCUACAGAUGCAGAUGCGGGAACUUAUGGAGAUAUCGUUUACGCAGUGACAUCUGGUAAUGCAGAAGGGAUAUUUGUUAUUGGAUGGAGAGAUGGAGUUAUGAAGAUGGUGACCUCACCCGCAGCUGAUCUUUAUACGUUAACAGUAACUGCCAGGGACGGUGGGGUUCCUAGCCAAACUGGACAGAUGACUGUCACUGUCCGAGUUAAGCCAUUAAUCAAUUCUGUGUCCUCAACGUUUGACUUUACCAUCGUGGAAAACUCGGCCGUUGGUUCAUCAGUUGGUGAAGUGACUCCUCACGCAAAUCACAGAGCCGGAGCUAUCGUAACGUACUCAAUUGUAUCUGGAAACUUUGACUCCCUGUUCACUAUAACGAAGCUGCCAAACGGAAAUGGGGAGAUAACUCUUACAAAAAUACCAGAUCGGGAGACGUACAGCCGGUACGUGCUUUCAGUGAAUGAGUUGGAUGAUGACAGCUUAUCUGAAGACAGAAUUGUCAACAUAACAAUCCUUGAUGAAAAUGAUAACGACCCAGUUUUUCCUACGUCGACCUUGAACUUCAAGGUUGUAGAGAAUUCUCCAGCUGGCCUUGUGAUUGCGACCCUAACAGCAAUAGAUCCUGAUGAAGGUACAAAUAGACAGAUGACGUACUCCAUACCAACAUCGUACGUUGCUGGUAACGGAUUGUUUCAGAUUAACAAUACCGGCGCUCUUUCUGUAAAGGACCCCGCAGACUUUGAGAGCAACCCCAUUAUUAACUUUGCUGUCACAGCGACCGACGGUGGUGGCAGAUCAGGGGAGAUCACUCUGAUUAUUGACAUCGUUGAUGUGGCUGAAACUGUUAUAGAAGCGGACACGUCAGGGACCUCUGCUUUCAUAUCCGCGGAGGUACCCGACACUGCAGCAACCGGAGCAGUAGUCACGACGUUGACGCUGGACGCUUUCGGACUGAAUGCUGCGGAGGUCAACACCGUCAAAUACGUUACGGUCAGCGGCGGAGGAGUGGUCCGCGUGGACGAAGGCUCUGGUGUUGUCACUGUGAAGGAUUCUGGGAAACUUGUCAAGGACAGUCGAUAUUUUGAAUGGGUCAUUUGUCAAGCGGUAAACGCCACCUCUGGACAAUCCCUGGCUGUUCUUGGGCUUGUAAGAGUUGACUGUUUUGAAGCUGCGUUGUACAUGAUUGUAAUUACGUUCAGCGACACCAAGGACGCCAUUGAACUGAACAGGCCAGGAGUUCGGUCCCACAUCCAGAGUUUCUUCCUGUCGACCCAGUUUGUUGGUAUAUGGGAGGUGCGGCAGGAGGGGUCCUCGGCCAGGCGGCGUCUACUUGCAGCACAGUCGUCAGCCCAGGUGUACGUGGUUGCCGACCCUAGCGUCAACUCGCUCAGCGAUGCACAGAACCCUAAACAGUUCCUGACCCAGCAAACCGUCCUACAGGUGCUGCAGUCGUCGCCAGAUGGGAGUCCCGUGGCCGGUCUGUCCUCUGGCGCGGCCACUGCUGACCAGGUGAUGCCCUAUAACUCAGUGGUGACGUCAGCUGCAGCUGUGUUCACGGCGUCCCCGGAAGGUAUCACUGUCAUCGCUCUAGCUGCAGCUGUGGUGCUGGUCAUUCUCAUUCUCGUCAUCGCCUGUAUCAUCUGGAAGCUGAAGAAGAAAGCCAGGAAUUCACGAGACAUUUCUGAUGAAAAACCGGUCAGCAGGGAGAGCAGGAACGAGAGAGUGAGUAUUGAUCUGCAUGUACAGACGUAUUUGUAA